GUUCAGCAUUCCAGUGUUCCUCAAAUUUGAGUGAUUUUUAACAUUCUCGCCCUGAUAGAACGGCACUGUUGAAAUCGAUACCUCAAUUCUCAAAAAAUAAAAAUGUCAGAUCAAGCCUCUCUCUCGCCUAGUGCCGCUGCCAGCGAACCAGAGCCGGAACCAGAAAGUCCUCUAAGUGAUCACCGUGCCAAUAUCGAUAACAGAGCAGAAGCAGAAUCUUCCCCACAAAGUUCAGCACAAGUACCGGCACCCGUACCCAUAAAGAGAAAACGGAAGCAAAAGCAAAGGCAAAAGGGGCUACAGCCAACUCGGCAGAGUGCACGAGUCAAACAACAACAGGGACAAGCGAUAUUACAGCCCACUCUACUGCCGGUAGCUAGUGGAGAUGGACGAGAGAAGCGAACCAGGAAAUUAGGCCAACAGGGGAAAGAAUCUAGAGACUAUUUAGAGAGGGAGCAUGCAGAAAAAGAGGAAAGAAAAGAACUGGCGGCUGAAAAGAUAUGGAACAGCAAAGCGAAUAGGUGGAACAAGAUGAUGUUCAAGGGUCAGAAGCGACCAGCAAGAGCAAGAGUUAGAAAGGAUGUUGAUAUGAAACAUUUGCAUGCUUGUUUUGAGAGAUAAUAUGGGAUUUGAAUGGCAUUUUGAAAUGGUUAAUUGGAGUAUUGUUUACGCGAGGUUAUUUGGGAGUUGUCGCUCGAAAAGCCUAAUGGGUAGUUGAUCAAUAUGCCAUUUCCUUUGGCUUCACUUCCUACUUUGAACGUAUUUCUAAAUACAGUUUUUGUGUAAGACUUGUAUUGAUAGAAAACUACCUACUAAACCAUAAAUCACGACAUCUGAAGCCUUCCUAAGUUCA